AUGAGACAAGAAAUAGCAGCUGUGCAGGUCUACCUGAAGAGGCUACUGAUAAUGGCUGGGAAGCUGGAAUCGCACAAGGUCGAGCUGUUUGUUGAGGGGCUAGGUGUUGCACUGUGUGAGAAGUUCAUAGGACACUGGUACCCCGAACAUCCCAGCAAAGGACAGGCAUACAGGUGCAUCCGAGUCAACAGGUUCAACAAGGAGGAUCCAGUGAUCCUCCGUGCCUGCAGGGAGAGCGGAGUUCAGUACAGUGACCUGGGACUGCCCUAUGAAUUCACGCUGUGGGUGGAUCCUAGGGAGGUCUGGUGCAGGUACGGAGAGGAAAGUAUGGUCUUCUCAGUGGCCACUUUCUCCAGUGAUGAGAUACAGGACAAACAUGUCGCCAAGAAGGUGAUCAGUACUUUGACAGACGUGACAUCAGACUACCACUCAGAUUCUUCCUCAGAAAAAGAGAGAACACUCACUCCCCCUCUCACCAUUGACACAGGCCACAGUUCCAAGGGAUUAAACCCAGACGCUCCCGAGUGGUAUCCAAGUAAAACGGCACUUGUGGAAGGUGACAUUCCUCCACUGCCCACGUGUGAUUUCAUGCCUCAAAACUUCAGGGUCCCUCUUGACCAGACAUUCCCCGGACGCACUGAUGGGUCGCAGAUCUUGUUAGUGUCGCCAAAUAUAUUUGUAGAUCUUUUUUCAAAAAUGAAUCAAUCAAUAAAAUGAAACUGCUGACGUUUAGCCUGGGUUUUAACUUCAUCAAAUAGACGUGGGCCACCUGCUUCAUGAUCUUCGUUCUCACAGCCAACAGACACAGCCUAAAAACAUAAUUAUUCCAACCUUAACCAUAACCAGUUAAUGUCUAACCCUAAUUCUAACCUAACCAAAAUUCUAAUUUUAGCCCUAAACUUAACCAGUAACUUAGAAAUCAGAUUCUCCCUCAUUAAGAGCA